AUGGCGGAUUCUGAUACAGAGUCCAACCCUCAACCUGAUACAUUCGGUCUGAGACAUUUAAGCAGUUCUUUUUUCAAUAUUCCUAGUUUCUUAUCAGGGCUUGGUUCUAGAGUUUCACCAGAUUUUGACUUGGUUAAGAGUCCUACAUCUCCACUUGAUUUCAGUUUUUUCACAAAUCGUAGCUACCCAUUUAGCAACAGAUCCCCCAGAUUGCCUUGCCAAAACGCCCAAAAGAAAUGGGACUGCAACAAAGUAGGUCUCGGCAUAGUACAUUUACUUGUUGAUGAAACCAAACCUAUUGGUGAGGUUCUUGAUUCAGCUAAGAGAAAGACCAUAAUAUUUGCACCACAGGUGAAGACCUUUUCUUCUGUGAAAUCCAAUUCUUUACCAAGAAACUACACAAUUUCACUAUCCGGAACCAAGACUUCCAGCCCCCGACUGGGUAUAUCAGAUGAUUCCUUUGGGAGUGAGGUAGUGCUAUCAGAACCUAAACCAUUUGAAAGCUCUUCUAUAAUUAGCUUAGCAACCCCCAAACCGGAUUUAAGUUCUGGAAAAUUCGGUUCAGAGAAUAAAACUACUAGCACAACAAGUUUCCCGCUGGAAAUUGGUGAUUGUUCAAGUACGGACAGUUCUUGGGUGAUCAAACCGAGUUCGCUUCCCAUAACCAUCGGCUCUGGACAAGGAUAUAUAGGCUCUUUGUCUGCACGUGAGAUUGAGCUUUCUGAGGAUUAUACUUGUAUAAUAUCCCAUGGUCCAAACCCUAAAACAACUCAUGUUUUUGGUGACUAUAUUUUGGAAUGUCAAUCAAAUGAGUUGUCCAAUUUUGACAAAAUAGAAAAUCUAGGGAUCAAAUUGCCUCAAGAGGCUAAGUGCCCGGAGGAUUCAACCGCUUUUCCACGGGAUGAGUUUUUGAGCUUCUGUUAUUCAUGCAAAACAAACUUGGAGAAGGCAGACGAUAUUUAUAUGCACAAGUAUGCCCCAGACCUCUCUAAUUGA